AUGACCAAUAAUAAUCUCACCAAAGUAACUGAAUUCAUUCUUGUGGGCUUUACUGACCAUCCAGAGUGGGAGAUUCCUCUCUUCCCAGUGUUUCUGAGCUUCUAUCUUGUAACAGUCCUGGGGAACUUGGGCAUGGUCAUUCUUAUCCAUGUGGAUGUCCAACUCCACACCCCAAUGUAUUUCUUCCUGAGCCACCUUUCUGUGUUGGAUGCCUGCUACACCUCAGUCAUCACUCCUCAGAUCCUGGCUACACUAGCCAAAGACAGAAUGAUCAUCUCCUAUGGCCAAUGUGCUGCCCAGUUCUUCUUCUUCACCAUCUGUGCAGCUACAGAAUGUUUCCUGCUGUCCGUGAUGGCCUAUGAUCGCUAUGUUGCUAUUAGCAAUCCUCUGCUCUACAGAGUGGCCAUGAGCCCUCAAAGAUGCUGGUGUUUGGUGGCUGGAGCCUAUGGUGGUGGGUUGUUUGGAGCCAUCUUAAGAACCACGUGCACCUUUUCUCUCUUCUUCUGUGAAAAUAAUCAGAUCAAUUUCUUCUUUUGUGACCUCCCACCUCUGCUGAAGCAGGCCUGCAGUGAUACAACAAAUGCUGAGAUUAUCAUUGUUUUAGUUGGGAACUUUGUCAUCUUGUUUAAUGCCUUGGUCAUACUCAUUUCCUACCUGCUCAUCAUCAAGACUGUCAUGAAGAUGAAGUCUUCAGGUGGCAGAGGUAAAAAGACUUUUUCCACAUGUGUCUCCCACCUCACUGCUGUGACUAUUUUCUUUGCGAAUCUCACCUUUAUGUAUAUAAGGAGUGGUUCAGGCAAAUCCCUAGAGGAAGAUAAAGUUGUGUCUCUCUUCUACACUGUGGUCAUCCCCAUGUUGAACCCCCUUAUCUAUAGUCUGAGGAACAAGGAUGUGAAGGCUGCCUUCAGAAAGGUCACUGGCAGAUUUCAGGUUUCUCACUUGCAAAAUUGA